AAGCUUACCACCAAAAACAGCAUCUUUAAACACCACCUUGUGGUUAUCUAAGUAUUGCGAAUCCCAAAAAAAAACCCAUUAAAUAUAUCCCCUUGUUUAUGUGUAUAUGUAUAUAUAUAGCCUUUCUCCAAUAUGCUUGACAUGCACAUUUUGUUGUUAUAUGCUCUAACCUUCCUCCUCCAUUCAUACAAAUUUCAUUAAUGGAAGCUAAGGUAGUUUUACAAAGCAGGACUCCAACGGGGACGUCAUCGCGGGGAGUAAAUAAACAGCGAUGUUCUCCGGUUCGGGCAGUGCUAGCGAGGCCGGCUGAAAGCAUAGUCGGAAGUGGAACGAAGGAGAGGUUGAGGUUGAAGUUAAAGCCUGCAGAUAGCAAACGUGAGGUAGCACAGGACAGCAGUAGUUUCCAUAAUGAUAACUGGUUUGAUCUAUGGGCUAUUAAUUAUCUAUCCCAGAGUUUACAAGCUGCAACAGGGGUAAAGAGCAUGUUGAGUGGGUAUGAGAGCUUGGUAGAGACAACAGCAAUGAUGUCCAAGAAAUUUAAUACAAAAACACAACAGGAGCUUGUCAUGCAAGUUCUUGACACCGCCAUCCCCAAGCUCAUUCUAAACAUGAUAAAAACGUUGUUACCCCAAUCUCAAUUCACAAGGGAAUAUUUCGCCGCCUUCACCACUGUAUUUUUUGCUUGGCUCAUUGGACCUUCUGAGGUUCGGGAAUCGGAGCUCAACGGAAGAAGGGAAAAGAAUGUAGUGUAUGUGAAAAAGUGCAGGUUCCUAGAGCAAAGCAACUGUGUAGGAAUGUGCAUCAACCUAUGCAAGAUGCCAUCUCAAGCCUUUAUUAAGGAUUCCCUAGGAAUGCCACUCAACAUGGUUCCAAAUUUUGAUGAUAUGAGCUGCGAGAUGAUUUUCGGUCAGGAUCCUCCAACACCAAAUGAUGAUCCGGCGCUCAAGCAGCCUUGCUACAAAUUAUGUAAUAAUUUAUUUAAACUGCCCUCUGUACAACUUCAUCUUUUUAUUUUUACUCAUGAUCCUCAGUUUAUCAUUCUGGUGCAUAGUAGAAUCUCAUAUUAG